AUGUCGUCCCAAACUAGCUCAUCGGAUCUACUCCCAAAACGUCAGGGGAAGCAUGUCACCACCGCCUGCCUUGGCUGUCGCAAACGCAAGAUCAAGUGCGACGGUAUCAGUCCGCGCUGCUCAAACUGCGUCCUCUACGCCCAGGAGUGUGUUUUCCAGCAUGGCGUGGAUAAACGGAAGAUCGCUCCUAAGGAGAGAUUACAAGCCCUGACGAGCUACUGCCAUCAACUCGAGUCGCUACUCGUUACGCAUGGCAUCGAUGUGCCGCCUCCACCGCCGCUCCAUGUUCAAAACAUUCCAGCGAACAGUCAGACCGCGUCAUCAUGGCCUGUCGAGGCUUCUCCACCACAAAGCUUUCCCCCGGGCAUCGAUCAGUCUGAUUUCGGCGUCUCUGAAUGGCUUGGCGCAGACGGCACCCCGGGUCAAGAUGCUUUAGUCAUGCCGGGAAAGCCUCUCGAGGAUGGGUACUUGUAUUCCGCUCCGGAUGUGCCUCAGAUCGAGAAUUCGAAUGCCGACCUCAAAACACCCGUUCCUAGUCACAGUGAAGACGUUCUGUUAGAUCAACUGUCCGGCAGGAUGGGCUCGUUGCAGAUUGCCGAGGAUGGCCAGUUGCGAUUCUACGGGGCGACGUCCAACCUACACAUCCUCCAUAAUGGACCCUUGUCGUUGUCUCGGUCAAAAUUCCGCUCGCCCUCUGAACAAGGCGCCGAAUUACUCCACGGAGCGGGUGUUGGUCACCUUGUUGAUGAAAGCCUUGAAGACCACCUCUUGCGACUGUACUUCACGUGGGAGGAGCCUUCGAUACAUGUGGUGGAUGAGUCCGUGUAUUGGCGCGAGCGGAUGAUUUGCAAGACCACGGGUCAAGUCAGCACCUUGUACUCGGAGGUGUUGACCAACGCGAUGUGUUCUGUUGGUGCGACCCUCACCACCAGGACUUACCCUCAUUUGCCUGAUCCGCUGUCGGACUUCUUUGCCACCAGAGCCAAAUUGCUUCUGGAACUUGAAAUGGACGCGCCCACUCUAUCGACUGUUCAAUCCCUAGCCAUCCUUAGUGCCGUCGAGGCGUCUCUGACCAGGGAUGCUCGAGGCUGGUUGGACAGUGGGAUGGCUGUCAGACUCGCGGUUGACUUGGGUCUUCACCUUGAUCCGGAACCGUACGUUCAGGCGGGCCUAAUCACACGUGAAGAGGGGAUGAUCCGAAAGGUGAUAUGGAGUGGCGUCUUCGUUCACGACAGGAUGUGGAGUCUGUACGUCGGGAGGCCUGUCGCCCUGGAUGACAGGCAUGUAACGGUACAGUUCUCUGCGGAAGAAGCCAACCCAAGUCGCAUCCAAAGGUACUGGUCCCCUUACGAUGACAGUGAGGCAUUCGAUUUGCCUCGGCUGCCAGACUCAAUUGACGAGCUUGGGGUUUGGAACGUGAAACUAUGUGCACACAUGACCGCUAUCAGGGAAACGCUGUAUCCCGAUGCGAAGACUGGCCCAAUGAACGCCAGGCAGCUGUAUCAAUUUGCGAUCCAAAUGCGUGAUAAUCUAUUGGGUUGGCAAAGGAGUCUCCCGUCCAGCCUCGCCGUUAACAAUCUAGACAAACGAGAUCUAUACCUUCCGCACGUCCUCCAACUCCACAUGCAGUACCAUAGCAUCAUGAUCAUCACAUUCCGCCCGUUCUUUGCCUCCGUCAAGACUCUACCGGGCCUCACUACGGCUGAAAUUGCGACUGGCCGCAACCACUGCACGAAUUCGGCCAACUUCAUGGCAAAACUGAUUCAAACCUAUCGUCGCCUGUACAGUCUCAGAAGAAUCAAUGUUCAGGCUGUCCAUCUCGUCUUUACGGCCACGUUGAUCCACGUUUUCACCGCCUGCGCUGCCACGGAUCCAGUCCGAAGCAAUAGCGCGUGGAAGAACCUAGAGAUUUGCUGUCAAGCAUUGGGCGAAUUGGGUCUCGCCUUUAAAAGCGCCUCAAGAGCCCUCGAGGUCAUCAUGGGCAUCAAGAGUGAUCUCCUCCGGAGGUCAAAGUCGAACGUCAAGCGACAGAAUCCAUGGAGUGACGCGCAAGAGCCUGGACUUGUACCGGCAAAGAAACGGCGGCCCACCAAUGCCGAAAGCGACCUGAUGGCAACACACCAGUCUCCUCAAAGCCAAGGUAGCUCUGACUUUGGCCUCAACCUGAGCGAGACCGAUCCUGCGUUCAACUUUUUCGAUACCUCGUACGACGACUUUUCCCUCGAGACUCUGUUUUGGAGUGGCUACUCGAAUCUCGAACUGCCUCACUACCUCCCCGAAGAGCCAUGA